UUGUCCAGCACAGCACUGCUCCCAGCUCCCAGGAUGGAAGCUUGUCACUCGCCAGAGCAAUCCAAUGACACCUCAUACGCUGACACAACUGUGGUCAUCGUCAUUACACUUGAAGUGUUUGCUGGCAUGUGGAUAAAUGCUUUCAUUGUUUCUGUGAUUUGUGUGGCCUGGGUGAGAAAGAAAACCUUGAACUCUAAUGAGAAGAUCUUGCUGUUUCUGGGAUCCUCGAGGUUUUGGUAUUUGUGCAUUGCAUGGGUAUAUUCAAUUUUUUUAGUAAUUUAUCCAAAUUAUCUUUAUGUUCACCGCAUAUUUCCGCUACUUAAUAGUGCUCAGAACUUUUUUAGUUAUUCCAACUUGUGGUUUUCUGCUUCUCUUUUUGUGUUUUAUUGCAUAAAAAUUGCCAAUUUCAGGAACAGCUUCUUCAUCUACCUGAAAGGAAAAAUUGACAGGAUUGUGCCCUGGCUCUUGUUGGGGUCAGUGCUUUUCUCCCUGGUUAUUGGAAUCAUUGCCUAUAACGCCACGGAUAAAGCACUCAGUAAAAACCUCAAUUUCACCUGCCAAGGAGGGAUUUGGAAAUCAAAUAUCAGAAUAGAUCAACAUUUUUUGCCUCAUUUUAUCAUUGGUUUUGGAUAUGCCACUUCAUUCACAGCAGUUAUCUUGUCUACCCUUCUCCUUCUCUUUUCCCUCUGGAGACACAAACGCAACAUGCAGACAAACUCCAUGAAGGACCUCAGCAUGGAUGCCCACAUCAAAGCCAUGAAAUCCAUUCUCUCCUUCUUCAUAAUGUACAGCACCAACUUUAUAUGUUUGAUCUUGAUUCUAAUUUAUUCAAUGAAGAAUGAAAGUGAUGUGAUAUUUUUAACUUACUUAAUUCAAUACACUUUUCCAAGUUUUCAUUCCCUUGUUCUGAUUUUCAGUAAUCCCAAUCUGGAAAAGAGACUGCUAGGGAUUCUGCCCUGUGGGAAGUGCAAAGUUUUCCUCAAGAGGGAACUGUAAGAAAACCCAGAGCCCUUGCAAAAGGCUGAUAUUUCUCUGUAGAAAACAAGUCAAUUGAUUUCUAACGCAGCACUCCCGUCAGUGUAGAUGAUAGAGGUGUUCAUCUUUGAGGUUAGGAAUACAUUAUUAAAAUUCUUUGAAUUAAUAUUAAUAGGAGUAGAAUAAAUUAUUAUUCUCAUUUAUUUUGAUAGUUCUUGGAGCUGAAUUGUUGCCAAUAACAAAGUCAUUUGGACCUUGUACCCAUGGAUUGGCUGCAAUUCUGCAAA